AAUAAACUGCCUACUCCCUUGUGUCCUUCCAAUUUUGUUCUCCAAAAACGUACAUUGAAAUUAUGAUUUUAUUCUCACCUUCCACCAGCUAUCCUCAAACACUAUUCCUGUCAAACUCAGCAAAACUUGUAAAGAAAACAAAUACACAAACCCAUUUUGCGCCAAGCAAGUUCAUGUAUAUUAGAAGAAAACUUACGGUAAAAGUAUGUAGUAGUACUGGAGAUGGAGAGAGGAAAACAGAGAGGAAAGGUUUCUUGAGUUUAGAAGAAGCUGGCUUGGUUGAAAUUUCUGGCUUAAACACUCACGAGAGAUUUCUGUGUCGAUUAACGAUAUCUUCCUUGAAUUUGCUGAAAGUGAUAUCAGAGCAAGAAGGAUGUUCGAUUGAGGAGCUGAAUGCUGGGAGGGUGUGUGACUGGUUUGUGAAGGACAAGUUGAAGAGGGAGCAGAAUAUAGAUUCUGCAGUACUCCAAUGGGAUGAUUCUGAAUUCCAAUUUUGAACCUCUUUGUUCUUCAUGGUUCAUUGUAGAUGGGAAUGUUAGUGUUAAGUUCCCCUUAUGAAAUUAUUUAGAGAAUUGAAAUUCUGAUCAUAUUCUUACAUUGCUAUUUAUUCUUAAAGUAGAUUAUUAAUUAUUAUUUUAUUUAAUUAAAUUAUUUUUUUUAGAGAUAGAAAUAAAUUUAUCAUAGAGCAAUUCAAUUUGGACCCACUUUGUAAUCGGAUCAGAUUCACCCCA